CGAAAUUUAUGAAUCAGCCCCCAAUACCAUGGGCGAGGCUGUGACGAGGUCGCUAUGAUAACCCAUGCAUAGGUAUUCAAAUAUUGAGGAUCAUGACCGACAAUGUCGUCUCUCACAUUCUCACAUGAGUCUUUUCAUGACAAAAUGUUCUCAGCGUUCAAUAAACGAGGUCGGAAGCCGAAGAGUCGGGCUGCCGGUUCGGCUGGGGUUCUCAACAACGAAUCCCAAACGGAUAAUCCCUCCACGUCUCAAGCGAGUCUACCUCCGAUCGACUUGUCUCGACCAGGUCUCAUUGAAUUCAAAGUACCCGAAGCAUCAGGCGAUGCUGUUGACGUUGUUUUUGUACAUGGUCUAAAUGGCAACAGUGCAAAGACAUGGGAAAACCAAGAAACCGGAUUCUGGUGGCCAGGACAACUCGGCGAGGACUUACCUCACGCACGCAUCCUGCUCUUCAACUACGAUACCUUCUUCUACUCUUCCUCGGGGUCUAAUCUUGUGCGAAUCCCUGAUAUAGCGCGCAAUCUCUCCUAUGCACUCAACGAUAAUCGGUUUGAGAAUGCAGUAGCAGAGGGAACCAGGCCUCUCGUGAUGAUUGGUCACAGCCUUGGUGGUUUAAUUAUCCAAAAGGCAUUGAUAGAAUGUAUGGAAGGUUCCUCGCGGGGUCUCAAAGAUAUCCUCAAUUCAACAAUCUCCAUUAUACUUUUUAGUACUCCGAAUGCCGGUAGCUUUGCCAACGAUCAGACGAGAGCGCGGCUUAUUCAAUUAAUUGGAAAGUCGGUCGGAUACAAGGUACCAGAAAGAAUCCUCGAGGCCCUGAAAAUCCACUCCCUUGAACUGUAUGAACUAUCGACGUCGUUUCAGAAGCUUCAAAUAUGGAAUACUCCAAUGGAUGCCCCUCCGUUCAUGCAGUCUUACUACGAGACACGAACUCUGGCUGGACUUGGAAUCCAAGUUGUCGACGAGACUUCGUCAAAGGUUGGCGUGAGAGGCGAGGUAGCUCUUAGUGUGCAAGCAGAUCAUAACCAGAUGGUGAAGUUCCGUGAUAAGCAUGAUUCAACAUAUCAGUCAGUAAAGACUGCUGUUAGGAGAGCGAUGGCUUUUUCGAUGCCAGGAAACACAAUCUCUACACAUACUCGGCAAAGGCCCCUUCAUUGCUCAACGGGCCUGCAUCAUCAAUCAUCCAGGGUGCCACUUUCAGAAAAUGGCUACCUAACCGCGUUUGGAAAACAGUCAGCUCAUCAAACUGACGACAAAGAAAGCCUCCUAGCCAGCUCCAAACCCCAAGGUGGUCAGAUAGACCAUAUUGAUCGGCCCGCUCCUCGACAGGAAAGGAAGUUCAUGGGACAGCAGGAACACCUCAAGAACAUAGAUGAGAAAUUCAGCUAUUUGUUCCAACCAGGGCCGAAAGAGCCCCAUAGCAUAGGCCUUCUUGGGCUCGGCGGAGUUGGUAAGACACAACUGGCUUUGAAAUAUUUCCGUGAUGCCACAAGUCGCCAGGAUAAUCCGUUUACCACAGCUUUCUGGAUCGAUUCCUCUUCCGAAGGCGCUCUACAGACAGCUAUUUCCAGGAUCUGGAAGCUGAUCCGCCCUCAGAAACACGAUUCGACUAGAAUGGAGACGACAGAGAAUCAUGAAACUAUGCUACUUCAGGUUAUGAGCACGUUGGAAAAAUGGACAAGGCCGUAUUUAAUAAUCUUCGACAACGCAAACUCUCAGGGCGUUAUAGACUACAUACCGAGGAUUGGCCCAGCGGCAGUCAUCAUAACUACCCGCUUGGUAGGCGCUGCUGACGCUCUGGAUAGCCCGAUUUGGGUUCGUGGCCUUGCUAUGGACACAGCAACAUUGCUUUUACUACGCUUGCUUAUAAACGAUUCAACUCAAGAGGGCAAUUUUGGAGAGAAAAUCAAAGAAGCAGAGGCCAUUGUUAAACGCCUGGCUGCGUUGCCAUUGGCCAUCCACGCUGCCGCCUCAUACAUGAAGAUACAUCAUCUGACCGACCAACUGUGGCGAUUCUUACCCGAAUAUGAGCAGAAGAAGGUGCUUAUGCUUCAGAAGUCCUCUCACUCAUGGGGGUCUUCUGAAGACAACCAAAACGUUUUCACGACUUGGGGAUUGUCACUCCAAGCCCUCGGUACUGAUGCAGAAGACAGAGCGAGAAAAACCCAUUUCCUCUCAGUUUGCUCCUUUCUAAGUCCACAUCGCAUCUCCAGUAUACACUUCGAGCAACACUAUCGGCGCCAGAGUUUGGAAAACUGCGCGUGGUGCUCGGUACACCACGGCUGGAUGAAAAUAUUUUUGAAUGAUAAACAAGAGUUUGACCGGACCCGGUUUCGCGAAGUUAUCACCGAAUUUAAGGCACUUUCUCUUGUCGAGUCAUGUGCACCCGAUGCAUCUGGAUUAGUCAUCUUUUCUCUUCACUCGCUGGUACGAGACUGGGCUAUGGUAAGACACGGCUGCUGUGAUGGACAGACACAUUUUGCCGAAGCACUUGUCUGCCUAGCUGCGACUUUGAAUGCUUGCAACUUCGUAGACGGACACGCUCAACCCGCAUAUCUGUUUUACGAUCCCUGUCAGCCAGUCGAUAGGGCUAGUCCUCAGAUACGCGAAGCUUUAUUGAGUAUGCCUGAUGAAUUGUCGGCUCAUGUGAGUAGCUGUUUAACGAGUCUCGAAGAGUACGAAUGGGAUCGGGGGAACCUGGAGGCUUUAGGGCUUACGCGACUAGAGGAAAAGUCCUGGUUCUCACGCGCAUUCAAUUCACUAUUCCUCUACGCCCACACAAGUGGCAGCUGUGGUCCACAGAUUGAUAACCUAGCGAUCAAGUUCAACGAAGAGGCGCUUCUUGAAUUAUUCGAAACUACACAGUACCGAGAAGACUGCCAACUAUUUAUUCUCUUACACCAACAGAAUCGACCUCAUGAUAUCGAAGAUCAGAUGGAAAGAGCUCGUGGUCGAUGGCAAAGAGAUCGAAGUAAUACAAAAUUUACAUUCGGUGAGCUUUUCGCCACUUAUCUACACCAGUUGUGGCUCAUUCGAACGGAAGAAUUCGACUUAUUUCGAAAGGGCCUUCCAGCUCUCAUAAAACAAGCCGAAGGUUUCAUGAAGGAAAAAUUGAUUGAUAUCUCAAAGCAAGCACCAUGCGGUAUUGCAUGGCGGUGGAUAAAGUGGUGGCGACGCCGAACAUCCCAUUUCGUGAACGAUCUAACAUACAUGGACUUGGGUCUAUAUCUGGUCUUUGAAAUAAUGAGACAUUUAGCCUCAUUAUUCAGGCAAGCCUCGGCUGACAUAGGGAAACUUAUCGCACCAAUUAUGGAGUGGCUCAGAGACUAUUGGCUUCCUGAAAGUUUCCACAUCCAUCUACGUACUCUAAGAGACGGCAAAAAUGCGAUGCCAUUAUUUUCCGACAGCUUAGCGAGAUUAGGAUACCUACAGCGGGAUUUAGGCCGGUUCGAUGAUCUAUUCAACACCCUCAAGUUUUUCGAUGCUUUAACGGCAAGCCGUGAUUGGUUCUUCACCUUUAGUUUUACUACAGAAGUGUUUCUCCGUCUAGAAAAGGACUUACACCGCGAAAGAAGGAAUUGGAGGGACGCUGCAGUCUACACGGAGAAGCUUAUCCAAUUGCUGGAAAAAGCUCUCCCAGACGACAGACUUCUUCGAAUUAGCAACAUCGAGUUAGCUGGAUAUUGUCUGCAGACCAAUCCAAUGAACAAAACAAGAGCAGAUGAGAUUCUAUCGAGCAUUGCAGCCGAAGCGACAGCACAUGGCAAAUCCCUUUCGCAAGAGUAUGUUGAUAUUAAAGAGGACAUCGCCGAGAAAUACUACAAUGCUGGCCUAUAUGAAGAAGCAUACAAAAGAACGAGCCAACUUCUACAAGAGAUACCAGCAAACAACAAUUUAGCUGACGCGACCGUUCGUAUAGUCAAUGCAAAUACUGCAACUGCAUUGCUUGAGAUGCUGAGACGCAACAAUGACCUACCAGGCAAUCGCACGUUAGAGAAACACUUAUCAUCUCUCACAGUAUCUCUCUUCGUCUGGUGGAAAAGUAUUCCUCCUGAUGUAGAAUUCCUAUCAGUAUUGGUAAAGUUGUAUGUAAGCCGAGGGCUAUGGAGCAAUGCACGCCGGAUACUAAUCGAGUAUCUGCGCAUCGUUGGCAAUCGACAGUGUACAGCGAAGGAUUGUGAUUAUCGUCCCAAGGGACCACACCCAGAAUUGCGCCAUUUCCUGGCCAAUCUUACAGAAAGAGAAAUGGUCAUGGAUCUACUCUCCUUAAUGGAACGUCAAAUACUCGUUGAAAACACGUCCAGGUUAUUCAAGGAAUUCGAAAACGAAGAUGAAUUUGUACUAUGCUGUUUUAAUGUGAUGCUAAACGAUAUUUCCAGGCGCAGGUACCGUUCUGCAGAGAUCUAUUGGGACUGGAUUCAGACCUGGCUUGCCACCCAUCACCUCCCAGUUUCCGUAUCGUUGAUCCAAUUUAUGACUUCUGGCAUGGCCUUGAAGUUUAUGCUCGGAAAGUGGCAGGAUGCCUACGAACUGUUCCUUAAAGACAUCGAUAAUUACCUAAGCGAGGAAUGCAGCGAGGAUGAUGUGCUCUUUUAUCGAUUAUGUUUAUCACUCUUACCAAACUUGCCGCGUCCUGCUGCAGCGAGCGACCGGUCGAUUACUCAUGUCGAGAUCGUUUUACUUUCGUGGUGGCUCAUUCCAUAUAUUCUAGAUGAUGAUUAUUGGAUAGAUGAUGAAUCUUCAUGGAGAUGGCCAACUGCCCGGGAUAUUUUGACCUCUGUCUACGACCAGGCCUCUGGCUGCUCUAUUUGCUAUCCCAUAUUAGCUAAUUCGUCGUUGUUCUUGUAUCGUAUAAGCGAUGAUGGACAGGAAGCAAGAUACUGGAUCCGACAGAGUAUCCCAAAACUGAAAGAACUUCAAAGUCUUGGGCGCGAACAGAUACCAGAUGACCAUCAUUCAAUCUAUCAGCUUGUUGAUUCUGAACUCGACUACGCAUUGAGAGUUGAGAGCAAUAUCAACGAAUUGGAAGGAGAAAGGACACAAGAUCAAGAUCCAGCAUCCUCAGGUAGGGGCACAAUGGCUCUUCAGCAGGACUAUCGAAGAGAUCCCAACACUUUCUGGGAGCGCGUCAUCUAUUCGCUGGGACCAUUCCUUGGUAAAUGGAAACCAGCACGUUUAGAACUCCUUGGCGUGGUGCUCCUCACCUCAGGGGUAAUGGGUGGUUGUGCUUUCAGGAUCUUCCUUUCACGCGGAAAAUGACACCAAGAUCUAUUCAAACCAUCUUCCUACUCGAAAUAUCAACAGAUAUGGCGAAUCUCGUAUUGGUGCUGCUGGAUAUUCCAGCGCCUUUCGUCACUGCUUACUCCGGCCGAGCGGCGUACCUGGCUUUAUACGAUGAAAAGGUUUGUUGAGGAUAGUAGAAUACGUGGUCGAGGAGUUCAUUCUGUUUCAGGCGAGGUACGGUAAUGGAGCGAAUAUUGAACAAUCUUAUGGAAGCUUUGGCGCAGGCAGGCGUGCGUCCAGCUUGACAGGCAACCCCCACCCCUCGGAGAUCGACACACGGCUUGUAAAGGGGCACUCGAUAUGAUCCCCUAAAUGAAUGAGAGGGCAACGACACUGAUAAGGGCGGCGAGUUACGGAAAUAUGUUGAAGAGGCGUUCAUGAAUCGGAAAUUAAUACGGUGUCUCAUUGGCGUUAGGGAAAAGGGCGACCUUUAUUUGAUCUAUCUGAUACGUUUUGCAUGUAGAAGGCGUUUAAAUAUACCAUAAGCUUCCAAUAUUACCACGAUCUGCUUGGCUCUCCACCAUGCUAAUCGAAAUUAAGUCUUAGAACAUCUUUCCAG